UCGUUUAACCAGCGUUAGACAGCAGCUAACGUUAUCUUCCAGUCCAGCAGAGGUCGCCGUUCGCUCUGCGCCGUGCUGCGCUCGCGUCUAAGAAAAACUAUCGUUGACGCGGAAGUCAGGGUCUGUAUUUACCUCCAGCUGACUCUUUGUUUGCUCUGGGACUCGAACCGCGAAAGGAACGGGACGAUGUGCGCCGUGCAGCUGAUGCGGGCGUCAGUACAUGAGCGGAUCAGCGCCGCGGCCGAGGACUUCCUGCUGCAGGUGGACAGAGGGCCGGAAGCGGCUCGUGUCCUGAUGCUGAGGCCGCUGCUCAUCGAGCGGCUGAAGGCGGCGGCGGAGGCGAUCGUCGGCCUGUUCGAGGAAACCGUGGCGGAGUACGAGGACAUCGUGCAGCGGUCGGAGCGGGAGAUCUGCCGCCAGAGGAGGCUGCUCGAUGCCGUGUUGAAGCCCGAAGUCAGGCUGCACCGAGCAGACGUCCAGCAACUAAAGGUGAAUGAGGAAGCGGUUCCUUCUGAGUAUCAGGAUUGGAUCCCCAGUGUGGACCAGGAGGACUCGGAACCCCCCCACAUCAAAGAGGAACAAAAUGAACAGUGGAUCAGUCAGGAGGGAGAGCAGCUUCAGGAACUGGAGCAGACUGACAUUAUCAAGUUCACCUUUACUCCUGACACUGUGAAAACUGAAGGAGAUGAAGAGGAAACUCAGUCAUCACAGCUUUAUCAGAGUCAGACUGAAGAGGACAGAAAGGACUGUGGGGGACCCGAACCAGCCGGGAACUCUGGUCCUGAUGUACAUUUACAACCAUGUCCUGAGGACACGGCCAUAUACACUGAUGUUGAUGGGAUAGAGACCAGGGAGCCUAAGCCUGUAAGUGAUAUGAGAUGUACAACUGACAAGAAACCAUUGAACUGCUCAGAGUGUGGCAAACGAUUUAGCCGUAUGUACUAUCUGAAGGCACAUAUGACCGCUCACACUGGAGAGGAACCUUUUAGUUGUUCUGAGUGUGAUAAAAGAUUCACCCUCAAGGAGCAUCUGAAGUCCCAUUUGAAAAUUCACACAGGAGAGAAACCUUUUAGCUGCUCUGUGUGUGGGAAAAGAUUUCGGAUAAAGGGCGAUAUGCUAACACAUGUCUCGGUUCAUACAGGAGAGAAACCGUUUAGCUGCUCUGAGUGUGGGAAACUCUUCAGGCUGAAGCGGCAACUGCAAACACACGAGGCCAUUCACACCGGGGAAAAACCCUUUAGUUGCUCCGAGUGUGGCAAAAGAUUUGGUCAAAAGGAGUAUCUGAGAUCCCACAUGAGGACUCACACAGGAGAGAAACCGUUUACCUGCUCUGAGUGUGGUAAAAGUUAUCACCAUCAGGCCGGUCUGCAGGCACAUUUGAGGAAUCACACAGGAGAGAAACCCUUCAGUUGCUCCAAUUGUGGCAAACGAUUUAAUCAAAAGAGCUGCCUGCGGGUACACGAAAAGAUUCACACACGACAACAACCGUUCAGUUGCUCCGAGUGCGGUAAAAGAUUUGAUCACGAGAGUCGUCUGCAGAUGCAUGAAAGGAUUCAUUCACGGGAUCAACCAUUUACUUGCCUCGACUGUGGGCAAAGAUUUAGUUACAAGGCCAAACUAGAGGCCCAUUUCAGAGUUCACACCGGAGAGAAACCAUUUCGCUGCUCCGAGUGUGGUCAAAGCUUUAGUCGAAAGGACAGUCUGCAGAUACACGUCAGACUUCACACAGGAGAGAAACCGCUCAGUUGCAGCAUUUGCGACGAAAGAUUUAGCUGGAUUUAUCAGCUAAAGGCCCACCAGUGUGUAGGUGAGUCCUCGCAGCUUCAUCCGAGUCAGGCUGAGGAGGACAGAGGGGACUCUGGAGGACCUGAACCAGCCAAGGAUUCAGGUCCUGAUUGACAUUACUGUGGUCAAGACUGAAGACUCUUCUGAACCUGAGACUGAAGACAGCAAGUUGGUUAAAAAUAGAUAACGGGACCACAAUGUGUCCUGUCUGGACACAAACAAUUAGAAACUCCCUGUAAGUAGUAUUGUUUGGUUUGUGAGGUAGGUACAGUAAUAAUUCAUGUCUUCUGAAAUUUAAGCUUCUUAAAUUGAAACCAACAUAUAGGGCUGCUCGAUUAAUCGAAAUUUAAUCGUGAUUACAAUUAUGGGGUCAAACGAUCUCCAAACUACUAUAAUCGAGUGACGCACAUGCGCAAUUCAGUUCUUCCCCCAAAGCAUUCAGCGGCCCAGCUGACUGGCUCUCACUCUCAAGCUGCUGUAAAGUGAAGGAGCGAGUUGUGUGUGGUGAUCGGCGGUGAAAAUGAAAUAUUAAUAAUCAUUUAAAUAAUCGUGAUUUUGAUAUUGUCCAAAAAUAAUCGUGAUUAUGAUUUUUCCCAUAAUCGAGCAGGCCUACCAACAUAUAGCAUGAUACCCACGUGUUCAUUAUUAUUUCUGGACAACCUUAGCUAUGAACAUACAGAGGCUCAAUUUAGAGCUAGAGCAUAUUGUAAAGAGAUAAUUUGGCUCUAAAGUUGAAAAAGUUCUAUGCUUUUGUAGAAAUUCUUGAAGUUCAUUGUGAAAAUACAUCUUCACAAAUGUUGAUAAUUUAUUAAGUGCUUGAAAUGGAUUUACUGGAAUCUUAGUUACCUAAUAGCAGUGGAAUAUAUGUAUAAAUUGUGACAUAACUGCCAAAAAUUAAAUUUUUUAAAAACA